AUCAGCUUGCCACCUCUCACUUUGCAGCCUCUUCUCCCUUGCUUUCCUUAACCCAGGACCCCCCCUCCCCCUUGUCCCCCCAAUUCUCACCCUUUAAAAAUUGGGGAAUAUAAUAUGCUCCCCCAUACCCUAGCCUUUCCUGAUGAGUCAAGAACACCCUUUAUCUUGAAGAUCUAGGGAGGUUCGGUGCCAGAUAAUAGGGAAAAAAAAAAGAAAGAAAGAAAGACCCCCUCUCUUUAUUUUCAACCACCCGAACUGACAUCCCCAACUCGGCUACAUUAUGACUCCUGGAUCCAUCUAAAGAAGGAGGGUGAUCGAUGCAUCUCUACUGGAUCUAGAGAGAGAAGACUCAAGAAGCCUCCUCCAGACAGGGAUCCACAAUUCCAGACUGUGUUGUGUGUUUUUUUUUUUUUUUCUUUUUUCCUUUUUUUUCGGUUUGGGGAAGAAAAAUCUAUAGCACAUAAAUCCGGAAAUUCAAAAAUAUAUCAGACGAAGGAAGGAUUUUUUUUAUUUUGGAAAUUUUUGUUAGAUUUUCCUUUCUUUUUUUUUUUUUUUUAUUGAUCUUGGCACCAAAGAAGACGGGAUUCCUUUUAUCCUACAGAUAUUGCAACCUGCAAAAGGACAGCCGGGGGUGCUCUGGGUGUAGCCAUUGAUCAUGCACUCGCUGGACGAGCCCCUGGACCUGAAGCUCAGUAUCUCCAAGCUGCGGGCAGCACGAGAGAAGAGAGAUCGGAAUGGAGGGGGCACUAAGAAGAUUUCAGUCCACCACGAGCUGAUGAUACGGGAUGAUGGAACCACUGUCAUCACCCCGAUUUGCCCUUCACCCCCUCCAGGGUUCCUGGCUCGAUUUCGGGAGGGGGACAGUCCCCCGUUCUCUACUCCACCAAUUGUGGACCUCAGCCUCUCUCCCUCUUCUGGUAUGGACUCCCCCAGCCGGGCAUCUUUGUCCCCCGAGAGGGUGACUGUUGGGGACACUCUAUUGGAUGUUGCAUCACUUCGCUGCAGGGGCGAUUCAGUUCCCAGUCCGUUCCAGUUCUUCCUGCCUCUUGGCUCUGGUCUACAGCUGCCCCCAUCCAUGUUCCUGACUCCACCCAAGGAGAAGCGUCUGUCCCUGGAGUACACAGAACAGAAACAGCUGGUGUGUCAGUGGGCAAAGUGCAACCGCCUAUUCGAGUUAUUGCAAGAGUUGGUGGAUCAUGUUAAUGAUUUCCAUGUGAAGCCAGAAAAAGAUGCCGGAUACUGCUGCCACUGGGAGGGAUGUGCCCGCCGGGGAAGAGGAUUUAAUGCCAGGUAUAAGAUGCUGAUUCACAUUCGCACCCAUACUAACGAGAGGCCGCAUUGCUGCCCGACUUGUCACAAGAGUUUCUCACGGCUGGAAAACCUGAAGAUUCACAACCGGUCACACACAGGUGAAAAACCCUACAUGUGUCCCUACGAGGGCUGCAACAAGCGUUACUCCAACUCAAGCGACCGCUUCAAGCAUACGCGCACCCACUACGUGGACAAGCCCUACUACUGCAAGAUGCCUGGGUGUCAGAAACGCUACACAGACCCCAGCUCCCUACGCAAGCACAUCAAGGCACAUGGCCACUUCAUCUCCCAUCAGCAACGCCAGUUACUGAAGAUCCACCAGCCACCCAAAUUACCAGCAGCGGGGGACAGCAGCUAUGCAAGCGGUGCACAACUCAUUAUUCCCAACCCAGCAGCCAUCUUUGGCAGUCAGAGCCUACCAAUCCCACUGGCACCAGGACCUUUAGACCUCAGCUCGUUGGCUUGCAGCGGUGUAGCCUCUGCCUUGGCUGGGUUACCAAAUCCCAUGUUGACACUUGCAGGUUCCCCGCUCAACUUGGCCAAGGGCUCCCUGUUUUCCCAAGCUUACUCUGCAGCAGGUUUCGGCUUGCCUUUAGUCUCUCUUGUUUCAGCAGGAAAAUCCGAAAAUGACAAGCGACCUAAGGGUCAAAGGUCGGAGAGCGAUGAGAGGACUGAAGGGUCAAAACUGAGGCCCAGUUCAGCAGACGCACUGUCUCUGCUCCCAGGCGGGAUCUUAGAUCUUUCCCCUGGCAUGGGCUCAGAUUCUCUUCUGCCAGGAUGGGUGGUCAUCCCUCCAGGGUCGGUGUUACUAAAACCAGCAGCGGUCAACUGAGAAGGCCGUGCCCCUGUAAGAUUUCCACCUGCGCCCACUACGCACCACAGGGGCUCCUCCUCUGCAGAAGUGACAUUCCUGGCCCCUGUGAUCCCUGUGGACCUCUUGCACAAGCAUCUCUGUCGAAGGGGCGACCGGAUAGAUAUAAUUUUGCAUUGCCGACUGCAGAUUUGCUUCCCCCCCCCCCCUUCCCCUUUUUUGUACGUGGGACCAAACCAGGCAGGCCGAACGCCAAAAAACACCCACGCGAUUGAACAGUACAGAAACUGUCCAAGGACUAGAGAGGUGUUGCAGACUGAGUAGAAUCGAAGCACUUUGUGGUGUUCGGAGGCCAGGUGACGUUACGUUGUGGUCUGCAGUCUUUUUUUUUUUUUCGGAAUUCACGAGAGAAGGUUCUUCGCCUUCUGAGAAAAGCAAUAAUAACGGAGACGCUCAGACCCGAGCUGACUCUGCAAUGACAAGAGGGAGAGGAGCGUGGACAGCCGGGGAGGCCUAGCAUCUCCUGUCCACUCUCCAGUUCUCUGCGUACUCAUCAUCUCUCCUGUAGAUCAGCUCUAUGAUGAUGGCCUUUCACAUGCUCAAUCUUCUGCACCAUCCUCAUCCCAGAACGGCUCCCCUCCAGGACUUGUAUCGUCCCAUCCUCUCCUUCUCUUAUAUCACAUUCCGCUAGUCGUUAAUCUUUCUUUCUUUUUUGUUUGACACAUACCUAUGCACUAACCUGCUCUCUGCACUUUCCCGUAAUCCUGACAACCUCCCCUUACUCCACGCCGCACCAUUUCUUUAUCACAAUGCCCCCCCCCCCCCCUAUUCUUUAGAUAUCCCGUGACAAUGCAUUCAGGCACCGUGAAUGCUGCUUCUCUAUUGCUUCUCCUCAGAGCGUGCAGAAAAAUUGCUUUUUAAAAGCCAAUCGAAUCCGUAUAUAUAUAUAUAUCCCUCAUGUGUGAGGAGGGUGAUCUCCGCAGGCUCCCACAUUGAGGGAGCAAACUAAGCUACGUUAUAGACUGAGUGGUGUGUGAGUUCGAUGCUCUGCUGGUAUCUCUUGCCUGACUUAAUAUUUAGAGGUCCCCCUAGUUCAUGAAUUGGGGGUUCAGGCGCAAGUCUGGAGUUAAAGGGGGUUGUCUGAUUUACAAAAGUAUUUUCAUAUACCCUAUUAGGAAAAUCUUGGGGGAAAGGAAGAGUUCGGGGGGGCAUUCGUUCAGGAUGUGUGUCUCCAUCUUUGGAGAGCCUGACAUUUCCAGGGGCAGCAUGUAAUACUUAAUUUCCCCUAUGGUGGUGAACAGUCCCCCCCCCCCACGGAUUAUAACUGGGGGGGUCUCCGCCCACAGGACACCCUGUGAUCAGCUUAUUAAAGGUGCUGUCCUAACAAAAAGGGAUCGUCCAAGGGGUCUUUAAAGGAACGAAUAAAAGACAGGAAUGGCUUUGGUUUGAUAUCAUAUGUAAUAGAACUGCAGUGAGACAGAGAGAGGAGAAAACCUACUGGGUGCAAAAAUGUAUUAAUUUUGGGGCAAAAACAUUGUGGUGUUCAUUACAAAACUAGUGAAUAUUUAAAGGGACUGUCCAGUCAUGAGCGUUAAAAUGACUCACUAAUUCAGUACCUGCAGGGGGUGGUUUUCUGAUGUGUAUCUGCCUCGGUUCCUGCUCCUCGGCUGCUUUUUACAUCAGCUUUAUUGGAGCAGAGCUGCGACCUGUGAUUCCAGUUCAGCUACAGUGUCUACAGGGAGACUGAGGUAGUCUGAGACACGCCCCAUCUCAUCAUUGGUUCAGGCUGCUGCUUUGUCCCUCCCCCCUGCAGAGCUGAUUGGCUGCUGGGACUUCAGCACAUGGAGAGAGGAUUUUCAUUAUAGCACAGGGCACCAUGAUUAUAAAGUACAGAUGGCUAAGAAUAAAAAGGGGUUGUCCACUUUCUGCUUCUCCAAAAAGUUUAGAUUGGUGGGGGGGUGAUCAGACCCCCACUGAGCAAAACUUUUUAUAUGUCACUUUGUACACUUUGCAGGGAAACUUUGAAUUUCCUCAUAUGUGAGCGGCUCUGCUGCACCCUGCCAUGUGGGUGAAUCACGUGACCGACGCGUUCAUCGCUUCCAAGAUGGCGGUGGUCAUGUGAUUCCCCCUCUGCAUGCUGCAGUAUGCAAUGACCCGGUUAAGCGUUUCAUGCUUUAUUACAGAAAUGUAAGCCGGAAGUAGACAACCCCUAUAAUACUGGGUUGUAAAAGAUUAGAAAAAUAUAUCUGCUUUCUUCCAGAAACAGCGCCCCUGUGUCCACAGGUGGUGUGUGGUAUUGCAACUCAUCUCUAUUAAAGUGGAUCCUGCAGUACCAGACACAGCACACAGACAGGAGAAUAAUGGGGGGGGAAUAACAGCGGGCUAUUUUUUAUGCUCUGCGUGACCCCAGAACAUCCCUGAUAAGCGGCAUUUUUCCUGAACACUUAUGUAAGCUUUGAUGCCCGAAAUCCAAUCGGUCACAGCGGGGAAUAAACCGUCCUGGCUCUAAAAGCAGCGAUCAGCCUGACGUGUGGGUCAGCAGCACCACCACCAUAUACACAUCUGAAGGGUUUGUACGCUCCGUGGUAUGAGCCAGCGCAAGCGCAUCCACAGCACGCUCAGGGUCCAUGGAUCCCGUCUUCCUUAGGCCUAUUGCACACGACCGUAUGGCUUUUUCAGUGUUUUGCUGUCCGUUUUUCAUGGAUCCGUUGUUCCGUUUUUUGUUUCCGUUGUGUUUCCGUUUCUGUUCCGUUUUUCC